AUGAGUGACGAGUCCGGAGAGGUUUACAGCACCAAAGAGGAAACUGCUGCAGUUUUCCGCAGACUGGCAACCAAACAAGAGAACCGGGUAUGUUUUGAUUGUGGUACGAAGAACCCGACCUGGACAUCGGUGCCAUUCGGUGUGAUGUUGUGCAUACAGUGCUCUGCUGUACACCGUAAUCUGGGUGUUCAUAUCACAUUCGUAAAGUCCUCGAACUUAGAUAAGUGGACUGUCAACAAUCUCAGGAGAUUCAAGCACGGUGGAAACCACAAGGCUCGUGAGUAUUUCAUGAAGCACAAUGGCAAGCAAUUUUUGGGUACCAAUGUUGACGCCCGCAUGAAAUACACUAGUUCCGUGGCCAAAAAUUACAAGGCUCAUCUCGACAAACUAGUGGCAAAAGACAUGGAACAAUACCCCGGACAGAUAGUGCUGGCGGGCGACGAUGAGACUGGAGAGCUAUCGUCGGGAUCUGGAUCCAACUCGGUGGGCUCAUCCAAAAACAACAGUGUGGACGACUUUUUCUCUAGCUGGGAGAAACCAGCUGCAACUGCCACCUCGUCGCCCAAGAUUUUGACACCUUCAAGCACUGGAAACUCUAGAAAUGCGUCGAAAACGUCCAUUUUGAGUGGCAACAGCAGCAGGAGAAGAGCAACUACCACAGCACCCGUGGCCUCCAAGAAGCAUUCCAUCUUAUCGUCUGGCAGGAAAUCCACCAGGGUUUCUGCUCAAAAACUGGAAAAAUCUGAAGCAGAGAGCAUGUUUGAUGACUUUGAAAAGGCGGCUUUGCUAGAGGCAGAGGAGUCGGCGCCAAAGUUGACGCGCUCGAGCACUACGGAGACCAAGACAGUUUACAAGCAGCCUGCUCCCGUGAAAAUGAAUGCUUCAUUCGAUGAUGAGGAUAGUCAGGAAUACAAUGAUGGUAUUACUUUCGAUCAAGUCAAGCCCGGCUUCACAUCAUCCGACGCCGAUGCAGCCAAGCCCAAGCUUGCCAAGUUGGGUUUCGGAAUGACGAUGAAUAAUGCCGACGUACUUGCUAACAAGGAAAAGGAAGCCAAGAGAGUAGCAUCUGGCCCCAAAUAUACUGGUCAAGUUGCUAACAAGUACGGAAGCCAAAAGGCCAUAUCCUCAGACCAGUUUUUCGGUAGGGGCACAUAUGACGAAGAGGCUUCCAAAGAGGCUCAAGACAAGCUAAAGAAUAACUUCAACAACGCAACGUCGAUAUCUUCGUCUAGUUACUUUGGGGAAGAAGAGGAACCAGUUGACGAAUUUGGACGUCCAAGGCUGAAUACCCAGAACAGCGGAUUUGUCGAUUUCAACAGCGGCGCAGACGACGACUUCCAGGUCAUCAAAGAUGUCGUUGAACAGGGCGCGCAAAAGUUAGGUAAUUACUUGAGGGACUACUUGAGAAAUUGA